AUGGCGUCCCAGGCCCGCUAUGAAGAUGUGAUUGGGCAGUUUCCGAUAUUGAAGACGUACAACCAUGGGAUUCUUCUCUUCCCCAUAGCCGACGACUCGGCACGCGAAUCCGUGGUCAAAGCCCUUGAAGAGGGCACGGCCGAGGUGGUCUCCAAGAUUCCAUGGCUUGCCGACCAGGUGGUCGACGAAGGCAAAGGCCAUGGGAAAUCGGGGCCGUACAAGCUGGCACCAUGGCCCAAGGAUGCGCAGCCCAACCGCAUCGUGCGCGUCAAGGACUGCUCCGACAUCUGCCCCUCAUAUGCCGACCUGAUCAAGGCCGGUGCUCCCGUGUCGAAGCUCGACGCCAGCGUCCUUUGCCCCUUCCCGGGGUUUCCCCAGAGUUACGAUGAAUCCGUCAUCGGGCCCGCGCCAGUAGUUGCAAUCCAGGCCAACUUUGUCAAGGGCGGUCUGCUCCUCAACUUCUCCAACCAACACAACUUCAUGGACGCCACCGGCCUAUUCAUGUUCAUCAUGCACCUUGCCACCGCCAUGCGCGGAGAGGAGUUGUCGGACAUCGCCAUCAAACAGGGGAACCGAGAUCCCAAAACCGUCAUCCCACUCUUCCCAGAGGGCGAACCCAUCCGAGACCACAGCCAUCUCAUCCGCUCAGCCCCAGCCAACGGAACCCCGGCUGCACCACCCCCAGCGGCCCUUCGGUCGCCGGCAUCGUGGUGCUACUUCCGGCUCUUCGGCAGCGCCAUCCCCAAGAUCAAGGCCCUGGCCAGCGACCCGGCGACCCUCAACCCGGAUGUCCCGUUCAUCUCCAGCAACGACGCUAUCUCCGCCUUCUACUGGAAGCGCCUGGCAGCCGUCCGCCUCCGCAACGGCCGGCCCGCAUCGGCGACGUCCAAACUCGGGCGCGCCAUCGACGCGCGCGCCGCCGUCGGCGUCCCGCCGGAGUACCUCGGGCAGAUGGUGUACCACGCGUCGACGCGGCUGUCGCUCGGCGAGCUGGCGGCGCUGCCGCUGGCGAUGCUGGCGUCGCGCGUGCGCGCCGACCUCAACGAGGCCAACACGCCGUUCGCCGUCCGCAGCUACGCCACCUUCGUGGCCGGCGUGCCGGACAAGUCGACGCUGGCGUACGGCGGGCCGUUCGACACGUCCCUCGACGUCGGGUCGUCGUCCAUGGCACAGCUGCCGGCGCUGCCGAGGCUGGGCGCGCUCGGCGAGCCGGACUUGAUUAGACGCCCCAACUUGGCGCCGGUGCCGGGCGGGAUGUACUUGUACCCGGCUGAGAAGGGGGAUCUGCCUGUUCUGGUGUGCCUUAGUGAGGAGGAUCUUGAUGGUUUGAAGAAGGAUCCUGAAUGGAGCAUGUGCACGGAGGUUAUUGGUUGA